AUGGUCGAGUUGAUUCCUCCUCCCGAUCCCCGCACUCUGCUUCCCCCGUUGCUGGCCUGUCUGCCGGCCGCCUUUGUCUCGACCCGUCCUCCCCCGGCGCUUCUUCCCCUGCUCUCGCCGAUUCUCCGACAGCGCGUCCAGAUCCUGAGCUCCGUCGCGACCUCUCCCUCCGAUUGCUGGAUUCGGCUGCUGUGCUGGGGCGACGAGAAAGCGGACCGCGUGCAGAGCUUGCUCGAUGGGGCCGACUUUGAACCGCAUGCCGCGUCGGGGAAAAUCGAGGUCCCGGACGACUUGCCGGUGACAUACAAACGACUGGACGAGGAGACGCUGCAUUCGCAGAUUGUGCUGCCGCAGUACAAUCUCAGUGUGCUCUAUCUCUGGUGUCCCAACGACCAGCAGGGGCCGGGCUGGAGGGUCGCUGAGUUGCUCCCCCGCGAAGGCCCGUCCGACGACGAUGCCACCUGGUCGACAUCGAUCGGGGAGGCCAAUGAGCGGGCAAGGGAACGGUUGAUCGAGGAGGCUCUGAAGAAUGCCGAACAGCAGGAGAGCAGGGCACCUCCUCCCCAAGCCGCCAAUAUCAACGACGACGACGACGACGAUGAUGAUGAUGCUUACUGGGCACAAUACGACAACACGCCGGGCAGGACCCCGGCGAUCAAGACGCCGGCGCCUCGCACCUUUGCCUCGGUGCCUGCCGUCUCAGAGGAUUCCUACUUUGCACGAUAUGCCGACGUCCAGCCUGCCAUGGACCACGAUGACCCCUCCCAAGACCCCGCCGAGGUGGGCGUGUCGUCCCUCAACGGCAACAUCUUGGCCAACUUGCUCCAACAACACGCUCAAAGUCGCGAGGCGAAAGAUGGGCAGCCUGCUGGCCAGGCACCUCAUGAUGCGGUUGCGACGAUGCUGAGCCACCCCCGGCCGGCGUCCACGUCGUCGUCGGGAUCGGACGCGGUCGCCAAGUUGGAACAGGAGGCCGAGAGCCAGUCAGCGUCGGAGAUGGCCGUGAAACAGCAUAUUGGCAGCAGCAUCAAGAGCUUGUUCCGACUCGCGAGAAGCACGGGCAUGGCCCGGGAGGAAUUUCAGUCUCUCGUCCGGACGGAGCUGGAGCUGCUGAACUUGGCUGAUGACGAGUAG